CCCACAGGCCAGGCUUGAGGCCAGCAGUUGAGAAAGCAAGAUAAGCUGGAUGUGGAGUGGCGCUUUCCCCAUAAAGGCAUGGAGCCCUGGCUCUGGUUUCUGAUGUGGAAGUGGGACACUUCAGGUUGCUAACUCGCCCGCUCAGCUGCAGCGUCGGGAUGGGGUUCCCCAAAGACUGCAGCAACAUUCCCAGGGACAGCCCCAGCGGGGUCCAUGUCAUCCAGCCGGCAGGCUCUCCCCCUCGAGUGGUGUGGUGUGACAUGGACACCGAAGGCAAAGGCUGGACCGUUGUCCAGAGAAAUUCUUACAACACAGAGAUCACCUGGAAGGAGUCCUGGAGCACCUACAAGUACGGCUUUGGGAACGUGCAGCAGGAUUACUGGCUGGGCAACGGGUACCUGUCCCUGCUCACGCGGCAGAACAUCUACAAGGUCCGCUUUGUCGUGGAGGACAAAUUCAACAACACCCGCUACGCAGAGUUCGACAUCUUCAGUGUCGAGGAUGAGCCCAGCGGGUACCCGCUGAGGCUGGGCAGGUACUCUGGGGACAGCGAGGACUAUCUCACCACCUACCACUCCGGCCUGGGGGGCAUACACGACAACAUGAAGUUCAGCACGACUGACAAGGAUCAGGACCAGGCCAGUGGGAAUUGCGCAAGUAGCUAUGGAGGCUGGUGGUACGACAAGUGUCAGAACGUCCUGCUCAAUGGGAAAGGCUACAUCUACUGGGAAGGGUUCUGUAAGAGUGGGGAGUGCAAGUCUUCCCUCAUCCUGGUUAAGCCAACAGACGUGUGCUGUGUCCGGCAGGAGGAGCCCAUCCUCCUUGGGAGCCGGCGUCGCUAAGAAGGGGAGACAAUAUUAAAUCAAACACGGCGCGCCAUCCCCCACCUAAUCAGUGCAGUCCCUGCAAUGCCUCCACUCUGCUCACCCCCUUCCCUGUUGGCUUCUGCACGGUAAAUUCGCUGGAAUAAAUGCUGAGAGCUGACCCAGCUGGUGCGUUCGAAGGACACGAAGAGUGUGAUUGGUGUGUAUAACUGGAGCCCCACUUCCACUCUGCCUCGCUGGAAGCCAUGUCACUCACUACAACUUUAGACCCACAUUAACCUCUGCUUCUCCCAGCCCUGCCACUGCCCCUUGGCAUUAGUGAUCAAUGAAUCAUGACACUGGAUUUCUAGCAACUGUAAUUGAGCAUUUAAAUGGGAAGAUGACUCAAACCCAGGACUUUACAUCUUAAUCCUUCAUGUAUUAGCAGUGGUGAGUUUGGGUUCAAAAACCUGGCCUCUGUGUUUUUAAUAAAUAUGGUUAUUACAUGAGAAAACAUUGCAACAGUAAUUAGUUGCUGAUGAACCAUUGAGAUUAGAUAGACGUGCAAUGAAACCGCACAAUAAAGAUAUUGGUGUCCCUCUUCAACCCAAGGGGCUAGUCAAAGUUUGGGGCCCUGGGGAUGUUCCAGUGGGGAUCAGAAAUUGGCAGUGGAGUCUGGGGGCUAGUUUCUGGGCACAUGCCAUCAUGGCUUGUUCUACAUGAGGCCCCCUUACCUGUUGCUUCCAGCUGUCUUAAAUGAAGAGUGCAUCCUCACAGCUGUGUCAAUGAGAUUUUAACUCCACCCAUCACAAGGUAUAAUCCAGCUCCUAGCAGUGUAUUUAUCUGUCAGGCUGACGUCCUCUGAGCAUCUCUGAGCAUUUCCUGCCUGUUUGGCUUCAGUCACUUCAAUCAAAGUUCAUUGUGACCAGAUGCUGAACACCAUUAAUGCUAACAGCCAGGGGCAGGAGCACCCCCUGAACAGGGAACGAACAGGCUAAAGAAUAACGCCAUGGAUUCAAGUCAGCUGGGCCUGAUGAAGUUCACCCUCGGGCAGGGCUCCCAAAUCGUGGGCUAUAGCCCAAAGAUGGGCCAUGACGUAGCCCUGGCUGGUCCACUGGCAGGGGUGAAGAUGGGGGGGGAAAGUGAAGGGGUGUUGCCCCCCCCCAAACUGCAUCUUUCCAUUCCCCUCCUGACCAUGGCCCUUCAGUGCAUCCCCAGGACACAAGGCCCUGUCUAAUUGGCCUUCCUGACAGAGCCUGCAUGGAGAGCGUGCGUAGGAGGGAGUUUGGGGGGGCAGGUUUGGAAAGAGGGAUAUUUUCAGGGGGAGGGAAGCUGGGAGCCGCUGAGGUGCAGCUGGAAGGUUUCCUCCUCCCUCCUCAGCAUCUGGGGUGCAGACAGGGGGGAGGGGGUUGCUAUUUUCCAGUUGGGAGUAUCAGGGACCCCUGCCCCCCCCCGUGCACUGAGCUGUCCCCUCCAUCUCGGUUGCUGGUGGUGAGGUGGGGGUGUGCUGUUUUGCAGUGGGGGAGCGGGGGAUCCCCCUGCCCAGGGCACUGACCUCUCCCCUUCCCGCCUCCCAUCUCCGCUGUCCGUGGUGGGAGCCACCCCCACCCCCCACUCUGCCCAUUGCAGGCUGCGCUUGGUGCCCUCCCCAGCCAGCCAUCCCUCGCCAGGCUGGAGCAUGACGCUGCAAGCGGGGACAUCCUCAGCCUGUCCCGGGCAACCAGCUCGCUCAGCCGUUUUGCUGACUGGCGGCUCCUUGCCAAACCCAGGGUUCCCCUGCACUAUUCCCCCCAACUUGGGGUCCCACCCACACCCCAACUCCCCCCUGAACAUGGCUACCCCUCCCCUUCCAAAACAACCUGAACUCUUCAUACGCCACAGCCCACCCCCGCCCCUCCCCAUGAGCCACCUGGCAGCA